AUGCCAGAAACACGCAGAGGACAAGCAGAAAUCGAACCCUAUAGGCUUUCAGAAAUCUCUUCCCUGAUUCCCGAAUUCGAUGGAGAUCAAAUUUCAUUAGGUACCUUUCUAAAUGCUUGUGAUUGUGCAAAUGAUAUGACUGUGGGAAAUCAAAAAGUUUUUUUAGUCAUAAAAACUGAAAUCAAACGUCUGCUUAAUCUUCACUUCGGAGAUUCCAGAGAUCUCUCCUCUUUAAUACAGGACCUUCAACGCCUCAAGCAAUUACAAGGCGAAUCCCCUCUUACAUUCUUCAACAGAUUACAAGUGUUGAAUACCAAAAUGCACGCUUUUAUACAAAAGUCAUCCACUCUCAAUAAUGAUCAGAAAAUAGCCCAAUGCACCUUAAUUGAAGCCAUGGCCCUUAAUAAUCGUCUUACUGGAAUGGAGCCACGCCUUGGACAAAUAAUUCGUGCUGGAGAUCUCAAAGACCUCCCAGACGCCCAUGCCCGAAUUAGACGAGAGCUGCAAUUAUCCUAUUUCGAAACCCAGAAAUCCAUCAAACCAGUAAAUGCUGUUAAGCGAGAAAAUAAUACAUACAAGGGCUCCUUCUCAAGGUACAAAAUGCUACACUUGUGGACGAACUGGACAUAUAAUAAUUCGUACAUUGAAAGAGAAGGACAGCAAACCCAAGCUACUAAUUCAAACAAUGCCCAACAACCCCAGACCCAGUUCAGACCCUCUAAUGCAACUCAGCCAUUUCAAGGGCAAACGCGACAUUCAGUAAUCCACAAAGGCCCUAACUAUCAGCAAAACCAACGAAAACAUUAUAUGAACUUUAACUCCCAAUAUUACGAAAACCCCCAAUACUCUGAGGAUAACUCCUACGAAUAUUAUCCAGAAAACUCCCAAGAAUCAUUUAAAGAAUCGUUACAGUAUGGUUACGAUUAUAAUCAAUAUGACCCUAAUAAUCCAGUCACACAGCUUGAUACUGCUGAUUAUCAAAAUAUUCUAAGUGAUCGAGCAACCAACCACGUUGCAGGAAAUCCAGGAUCAAAUCCAGACCUUGAACCUCGACAAUAUGGAUCCCAAUCUAAACUUUCCGGAGCAAAACUUUCUCUAAGUCCAUUGCUAAGCGUAAAUUCAAAAAACCUCUUUUAUAUUAAGGACGCCUCAAACAAGCUCAGAUGCAACCUAACAAACACAGAUGCCAUCCUUUCAGCACAAAAAAAGGAAAAAGUUAGAAUUCCACACGCAUUAGUCCAUGUAAACAACAAAGGGGAAUUUUUCACGUCAAUCCUCAAUGCCAACGUCAUUCCCGAAAUUGUGAAUUUCUGCAACCUACAACUAGAACCCAUGGAAAAGUCAGAAACGAUUCUGAAUUUCAAUUUUCCAGAAAACCAAAACGCAGGACCCACAGAUAGAGUACAAAUAAUUAACAACGAAUUGAAAACCGAAGAUCUUGAAUUUGAAGAAAAACAGAAGAUAACAGAACUUGGUCUAGAAUACGCAGAUAUCUUCUAUCUAGAAGGCGAUGCACUAACCUCUACCAAGGAAAUAAAGCAUAGAAACAAACAAUUCUAG